UCAUGUUUUCCAGGAGUAGAUCCAUGAUGGAAUUGGAAUCAUGCGUGCCACCAGGCUUUAGAUUUCAUCCUACUGAGGAAGAACUUGUAGGUUAUUAUCUCCAAAGAAAGAUCAAUUCACUCAGAAUUGAUCUAAAUGUUAUUGUCGAGAUUGAUCUAUACAAGAUGGAGCCAUGGGAUAUCCAAGCAAGAGGGAAUGGAGAACAAAGCGAGUGGUACUUCUUCAGUUAUAAAGAUAGGAAGUAUCCAACAGGAACAAGGACCAAUAGAGCCACUGCAGCUGGGUUUUGGAAGGCAACAGGGAGGGAUAAAUCUGUGCUUUCAAAGAACAAAAUUAUAGGGAUGAGAAAGACCCUGGUUUUCUACAAGGGUCGUGCACCUAAUGGUAGGAAAACCGAUUGGAUCAUGCACGAGUAUCGACUCCAAACUUCUGAACUUGGACCGCCCCAGGAAGAAGGAUGGGUGGUGUGCCGGGCAUUUAAAAAGCCAAGUUCUAAUCAAAAGCAAGGCUUUGAAGCAUGGGGCCAUCAUAUUUCCAUAUCAGAUCAUAUAGCAACUCCAUCGCUUCUUCAUCUUCACACGAAUCAAGGAUCAAGUUUUUAUGAAUCCUAUGGUUCCAAUAACCACAAUUUUUUGGACAGCCAACAACAAGUCAUCGAACUACCGCAAAUGGAUAGUCCCCCCAUUACUGUCUCACCAAGUUUAGCAGAAAAUGAAGUUUUCCGGUGCGAGGUAGAAAAGAGCAAUAAUAAUAGCAGUCAAAUACAAACAAUCGACUGGAAUAAUUUUGACAACUUUUUCAACUCUCAGCUGAUUGAUACAACAACUUAUCCAUAUCAAAGUACUGCAAUAUCACAAUCCCAAAACGAUGAACUAGAAGCUCAAGUACAACACCAUCUGCUAGGUUGCUUCCAUGAAUCAUAGCG